AUGCCGACCGUUCCCGUGAAAAGUCGUCUUCCUAAGCAGGCCCCCUAUCACUCGCGGAGAUGCCCCAAUACGCCCCGUCACUUGGAGACUGUCGGUUGCACCGAUCAGGAGGAUCCCCAGUACGGCGACCAACUCGUUGCGCGUACGCUUGCGUCUAAGAUCAGACACACUUACCGCGCCAUCGCAUACCCAUGCACAAAAUCUCGCCUUGCCAACUAUCCAAUAAAAUCCCUGGUCUUCCAUUCCAAUUCAUUGCUCCAGGUUGCACAUUCCUCAAGCGCAGGGCCCGCCUCCAUGUCGGGCGACCUGCGCGGCCAGAAUUCAGAUACCCGCCGUCCCCGGACAGUCUCGUGCGACUACCCAGAGGAUACAAACUGA